UGCUCUUGGAGCUCCCCUCGGCCGCCGGCUUGUGUGAGAGACCGAACGCGCUCUUGCGGCCGUAAAGCGGGGAAAGCGGCGGCCGCUGAACGGUUCAUCUCGCCGCGUAGCGCCACAACGGCGGCUGUGCCAGUCGGAAACCGCGCGGGAAGCAUGCGUUCCUCGCCGCUCGAGAAGACGUCGCCGGAUGGCUGGGCCGAGUAGCAGGGACGCUGUUCCGGGACGCCCGUGUUGUUCUCCGAGCAGCCGUCACAGGUUCGCUGUCACGUGAGCGGCAGGCGAAAUAAGAAAGCGAAACGACGCCUAUAUCGACGACAGUGUGAACGGCGAUUGCGGUUUUUCGACGGUGCACGAUGGUGGUUACGAUGGACGUUGUGACGACGACGCCGACCACUGCGGCGAACAGUGCCGAACCCGGCAGUGAGGAGGAACACGCGACCGCGUGCAUCGUGAGGUGUUGGAGGCGCUUCAAAGUGGCGGUCCGGUCUCAGGCACUGAUGGUCGUAUGGGUAGGCGCUGUCACAGCCAUAUUUUUCGCCACCUACUGCACAUACAAAUACGAAGAGAAGCACUUCUACUUACGUGAAAUGCUCGGGGUGGGGCUCUGCUUGUCCCGAGCAACAGCGGCAGUGAUCAACUUCAGCUGCUUCAUGGUGCUCAUUCCAAUGUGCAGGACACUGUUACAGAUUCUCAGCUCUAGGUUGCCCCCGAAAUUUCACGGAUGUGUGCGGGUAUCUGUGGACCAAGGAGUUAGGCUACAUGUUCUUUUCGCCGCAACUAUCAUCAUCACUUCAAUUGUCCAUUCUUUGGCGCACCUUGUUAACGCGUGCAACUUUUCUUCGUACUACUCGCACGACUUCGUGGACAUCAAUAUGGCCAGGUAUCCCGGAGAGGAUCCGCUACUGAUGAUACUCAGGACAGUUCCAGGUUGGACUGGACUAGCAAUGGUGUGCCUUUUGGUGUUUCUCUCUGUCGCAUCGCUCAAGUGUGUCAGGAGAUCGUGCUACGAUCUUUUCUGGUACUCGCAUCAUCUUCUACUACUGUUCCUGGUGUUAGCAAUUUUUCAUCCUCUCAGCGGAGUCCUUAAAGAACAAGUGAACAUUGAAGAGCACGUCCCUGGUUGCCAGUACAUGAACACCAGCAGGAGAGACGAGGUUCCUUAUCCGGAGCCACGGCCGGACGUUGGAGUCUGCUUUGUGCCGCCCAUUUUCAUCUCUCAAAAGAGCGAGACGUGGAAAUGGAUGCUGGCGGCUUUCGCGCUCUUCGGCCUGGAUGCCUGUUGCCGCCUCUACAGGCGACGCUCGGCCGCCAAACUUGAAGCGGUCCAGCUGCACGGUGCCCCUCCAACAUUCAAGACCGAUGCGUGUGCAUCGGCAACAACGGCGCCUAGCCUUGUACCUGCUUCUAUCGAAGACCCGUACCGCGAUUCAGUCGUCGAACUGCGGCUAGCCAAGAAAGGGAUGAUCGCCAGGCCGGGACAGUACGUCCUGCUCAACUGUCCGAAAAUAUCAUUGAUGGAGUGGCAUCCUUUCACAGUAACAUCCUGUUCAAAAGGUGGGGACAACACAUUCACGCUACACUUGACUACAAGUGGCGACUGGACAGGUGUACUACGAACAAAGCUUGUCACUCCAAAUGUUUCUAAGAAAAGUGACAAGCCAGUGUACCCAAAAUUGUACGUGGACGGCCCUUUCUGUAGCAGGUCUGAGCGGAUAGGACGCAGUGCCAUCACUAUUUGCAUAGCCGGUGGCAUUGGCAUUACACCAUUUGUUUCGUUCUUCAAUCACAUAAUCUCUUCGAAGAACGUUUUGCGAGUUGAACGACUGCACUUAGUAUGGGUCAGCAGAAGCAUCAGCAUGUUCGCAACAUUUGCUGAUCACCUGACCAACUUACACUAUGAGAUGUGGCGACAAAACUUGCCCGAUUUCUUCACUAUGCACCUAUAUGUGACGCAAGGAAGCCCGCAUGAAAUUAUUUCGAAUGAAUUUCGGCAGAAGUAUCAAUUACUCGCACAUCGGAUACAUGUCGGAAGACCGGAUUGGUCAAGUCUGUUUCGUGAGUGGCAGACGGUAUACCAAAGGCAAAAGGUGGCCGUCUUUUCGUGCGGGCCGGCUUCGCUUAACAAGGAAAUCAAGAAGCACUGUCACAUCGCCACCCUGGCGGGCCACAGAUUCGCCUUCUACAAGGAGAGCUUCGCGUGAGAGACUGCUUGGAUGGGCUUCGCGUGCCGGCUGCACUUCCCAGUCAUUGCUUGUGAUACUCGCUGUUUGCGCUGUGCUGUCUUCAUAGAAGUGACCUGAACUUUGAUCGCCGGUAACUCAAGCCUUUUUCCCGUUGUGCAUCGGACUGUGAAGAACGACCAGCAAGUGCCUCUGCAAGUGAAAAGGUCGCAUACGAGAUGCAUCGGCCCCGUACGUUUUCACGAGUGACGACUUCCGGGUCGUUUGAAUUUUCCUUCCGAGACAUUCUGUUAUUUGUUGUUGACUGCUGUGUUGUGCCUGAUAUCAACUGCUCUGUUUAUUUAUUUGAUAGUUGAUGUUACCGGCAGUGCCCCCCGCUUUUGCGCGUUAAUACUUACGUUUGUUUUAAGCAAGAGAGUUCCUUUGUUUUUGAAUACCAGAGCUAUGUCGUUUUUUUAUGAAUAAAAAUGAGUCCCUGAUUUGAGACAUGUUAUUUUGCAGUGA